AUGACUUACAUGUCUAAUAAUAGACACAAGAAUCCCCAUAAGUAUCUCGCUGCGCCCGCAGCGCAGUCGGACCUCCCAACGCUAUUAUAUGCAACGAUUGACGAGCUUCGUGAUGGUCUCGACAAGGGCAAAUUCACCUCGGUCCACCUCACCAAAGCGUACAUCAAGCGCAUCGAAGAAGUCAGCCAGCAGCUCAAGGCGGUAAUCGGUGUAAAUACAGAUGCCCUCACCAUCGCCGCAGAGAAAGACAAAGAGCGCGAAAAGGCGUUCGCUAACAACAUCAUGUUGCCCUUACUCCACGGGAUUCCUGUGAACCUCAAGGAUAAUAUCGGCACCAACGACAAGAUGGACAAUACGGCGGGUUCCUUUGCCCUAGUCGGGGCCAAGCUGCGACGCGACAGCACUAUGGCAGCCAAUCUCCGCAAGGCCGGUGCCAUCAUCCUCGCCAAGGACAAUCUCAGCCAGUGGGCACACUGGCGUGGCCAAUACCUCCCUUCUGGCUGGAGCUCCAUCGCUGGUCAGUGCGUUGGGGCCUUUGGCGGUAACCCAAUGGGUUCGUCGUCUGGCGGCGGCGUAGUAAGCGCUGUUGGCCUCACUUGGGCGUCAUUGGGCACUGAGACUGCGGGUUCCAUUAUCUACCCGGCGUGGUAUAAUAAUGUUGUUGGCAUCAAGCCCACCAUCGGACUCACAUCACGCUAUCUGGUGGUACCUAUAUCAGGGCAUCAUGAUACAGUUGGCCCCAUGGCGCGCACUGUCAAGGAUGCUGCGGCGCUGCUGAAUGUUAUGGCGGGAAAAGACAGCAAUGACAAGUAUACAAGCUUGAUCCCCAACAAUGGCAAGAUCCCAGACUAUGUGGCGGCCUACUAG